AUGCCAAAACGGUCUGGUCGCCCGACUAAGGAGCUACAGAGGUCACAGAACAGGUUACACUUUACUGAUGAAUUUUUCGCGGAAUGGCCCGCCGACGACUCCGGAAAGCCGUCCGAACAAGUGGAGCUUCAAGACGACUACUUCAAGACGGAUCCGCAGAUGAAUUUGUCCUCUGCGACGCUGCGCACGUUGCUUUGCGAGCGGCGUGAGGAUGAAGAGUCUGACUCUGACAGUGAGAUCAACGGCGGCGGUGAGGGCGGCGGAAAGGGCGGCUCUCGUGCAGAUGACAGUGAGUCGGACAUCGAUGAGGAUGACGACGAGGUCUGGGACUUUUAG